GCAAACUCUUCUUCUUCUUCUUGUGACUCUCUACGUUUCCUUCGUCUUCUUCUCUUCCCUUCCAUUUUAGUAUAAAGGCUAAGAUCAUUUCGAGUCUCUCUUCUCUCCAAAACUUAAUACCUAGAUACUCCAUUUAAUAAAACAUUACCAACAAAACAUCCUCAAAAGAUGGCGGAGGAGUUCGAUGAAUCCGAGGUACUAUUCUCCAAUGGUUUCAGCUCUGUUCACCAACUAGAUGAUGAGAAUAAGAGUCGUCUGUUCGGUUCCUAUGGAGAUCAGUGGAACAAGACGACAAGACGUAUCAAGAAGACGACGGAGGACAAGGCCUCAUCGAGCUCUCUCCCGGUGAAUAUUCCGGAGAACAUGUUUCGUAGGUACGUUGAGAAAGAGGAGGAACAUUUUGACGGUGAAGAAGAAAUAGUUCCGCCGCAUAUAAUGGUCGGACGGAGGAUCCAAGGAGGAGGACAAAUGGCGUUUUCCGUUUGUUCAGGUAGUGGAAGGACUCUUAAGGGAAGAGAUCUGAGCCGGGUUCGUAAUUCGGUUCUUAGGUUAACCGGGUUUUUGGAGGCUUGAACCGUUACCGGUUUGCCAUUUUCUAUCAUCUUUUCUCUAUUCUUUUUUUUUUUUUUCUUUUUUUUUUGGCAUAUUACGGAAAAAUUCCAGUGUUCCCGUGUUGUUUUUAUUUUAAGUAAAGGUGGGGAAAAUGUGAAACCAAGAUUUAUUUAUCCCCUUCGUUCCUAUUUUUUCAUAUUCUUUAAAUUUUUCCUAAAUUGUAAUAGGAAACAUAAGAAAUUUGUGGUUAAUUUUGAGAAAAAACAACAA